GGGAGAGAAGAAAGGGUCACAUGAUCUCCACUGGGGAUGCAGAGUUCCCGUGUGAGUACCACACCCUGGGCCACGGCGGCACGCGCUGUUUCCCUCACAACAACAACAACAACGGCGGGCUGGCGCCAACCUCUGGGAACCGCCAACGCCACAACACCCUCGCUGCCAAGAGCCUGGAGGCCCUUACGAACCUUCACAAGGCUGACAUAAAGCGCCAGCACGAAGCCUUUAUGGACCUCCAGAAAAAUCAGAAGUAUCCGGCCAGCCCCUGUAUGUCUCAGGGCCAGAGAUCACCUAACUUUGGCCGCCAACAGCAGCAACAGCCAAACUACUGGAGCUUCAAGGCCCGUACCCCUCGUGUGAUCCGACGCAACCCCGACCAGCCGGCUCUAGCCGACCAGGCCAGCAGGGUGUCCUUUGCCUCGGCUGAGAGUCUGGAAACCAUGUCUGAGGCCGACGUUCCCCUCGGGUUCAACCGCAUGAACCGCCUCCGCCAGAGCCUCCCCCUGGCACGCUCAUCCAGCCAGGCCAAGCUCCGUGCGCCAGGCAUUCUCUUCCUCCAGCUGGGCGAGGAGACGAGGCGGGUGCACCUGACCCACGAGCUGACCAGUCUGGAGACCCUGAGAGCCCUCAUUGUCCACAUGUUUCCCCAGAGGCUGACCAUGGCAAUGCUAAGGUGCCCCAGCACGGCCCUGCUGAUUAAGGAUGAGGCCCGCAACGUAUUCUAUGAGCUGGAGGACCCACGAGACGUACAGGACCGCUGUGUCAUCAAGAUCUACUGUAAGGAGCCUGUCUACGGCACCUACCCCGGACACCACAACCCACAUCUGGCCAACGGAGACCUCCGGAGGGAGAUGGUGUACACGCCCCAGCAGGAUUCUCCGUCCAACCGUCGCCUCAGCAAUGCCCCCGCCUCCUCCUCCGCCUCGACCCCCUCUAGCUCCCCGUCCCGCGUCCGUCUCCUCUACAGUGGCGGUGGCCGUCCAUCCUCCUAUGCCGGGCAACCUCACCUCCAGCAUCACCCCCACACCCACUCCCUCCCCCACCCCCACCACCUCUCGCCCGGGGCUAGCUUCUCCCCCAGUGCCAUCCUGGAGCGGAGGGACGUGAAGCCCGAUGAGGAGGUCCACGGUAUUGGCUCCAGAAGCAUGGUGCUCCUGCGGGGCGAUGGAGGGGGGAUCUAUGCCGACCCCUAUUCCCUGGGCCAGGAAGGGGGUCGGCUUAGUCUGGCUGGCCCCCACUCUCCCCUACCCCCGAGGGGGGAUCCCUAUGGCUCUCUCUACCGGCGAGGAGGAGGCGGUGGUGGAGGGUUGGGACCCGGCUCUGUGCGCUCCCUCACUUCCUACUCGGCGGCGGCUCUGCAGGGAGAGCUGAUGGACAGCGGCAUCCUAUACAGGCCUGGAGGCCCACUGUAUAAUGAUGCUGCCUACGCCGCGUCCAUGUUGGCCAUGGGUUUCCGGGUGCCACCCCCCUCUUCCCCGCAGAAGAUCCCUGACAUGAGGGACUCGUAUUCGGGCACCUUGCCCGGCCGGGGCUCCCCUGGGAGGCAGACCCUGCGGAGGGACUCGGUGUCCUCCUCCAUGUUUGGGGAAAGUGCCAAAGCUAGGGGUCAGGGGUCAGGGUUGGGAUCAGAUCAGCUGUGUCUGAUGGCUGGACCUGGAGGGGAGGGCGGUGGUUUCAGUUCAGCACCAGGUUUUAGUUCACCUCUACCAGGCAACGAGACCGAGACCAGGGGGCGCAUGGAGGUCAUGGAGAAACAGAUAGCCAGUCUGACUGGUCUACUGCAGACUGUUCUGACCAGGGGACCAGAGGCAGAUAGCCCGGAUAAGAUCGAGACGUCCAGUGACUGCUCGGGAACAGACACUCUGACGCCAUCGGCUCCGUUGGCCCUGAUGCCGCCCCCGCCCACAGGGUCCGCCCAGUCACUGACGGUGUCGCGGCUGCAGAUGCAGAACCACCUGCAUGGCCUGCAGCAGAACACCAGCAAGCUGCGCAUACAGCUGUCCCAGCUGCGCGACAUCCAGUUGGAGAACCAGGACUCAGUGCAGUCCCUGCUGAGGCAGACGGAGUCGGAGCUGAGCCUGAUGAUGCUGGAUGCCAUGCGGACCCAGGAGGACCCUCUGCAGAGGCAGCGUCUCUUAGUGGAGGAGGAGAGACUCAAGUACCUCAACCAGGAAGAGCUGCUCAUCCAGCAGCUGCAUGAUCUGGAGAAGUCAGUGGAGGAACUCCAGAGGAACUCGUCAGUCAACCAUGGCCUGGUGACAGAGAAGGACGUGGAGCAGAAGAGCAUGGAGCUCAGGUCUUUGGGAGAGACGCUCACAGAGCUCAAGAGUAAGGAUAUCAAUAGGGGAUAAUGAUACAGGAAGAUACAACAGUAAGGCAAUGUUUGGAUGGAAUAAAAUUAACCCCUCAUAUAAUUACCUUACUAUAUAAUUGCCACAAGGACCAAAUCUGUUGCAUUGACAGUGAUUAGGCAGGUGUACGUGCCUAAUAUGAGUGUGUAUCGCAGCAGGUAGCCUAGUGGUUAGAGCGUUGGGCUGCUGGAUCGAAUCCCCGAGCUGACAAGGUAAAAAUCUGUCGUUCUGCCUCUGAACAAGGCAGUUAAUCCACUGUUCCCCAGUAGGGUGUCAGUAAAUAAGAAUUUGUUCUUAACUGACUUGCCUAGUUAAAUAAAUGUUCAAUCAAAAAUAAAAUCCAAAAAUGAUUAAGGAAGAGGUGCUAAACAUGCAUAUGUUGUCCCGUCUGGCAUCAUAGCACAAAAUCACACAGUGGAACGAGAGGCUUGUUUACCAACUUGUGAUACCAGACUGGUUAUGCGCCUAAAUACCCUGAAAUCUUUCUCCAUGUGGUAGCAGAACCACAGGGGACAGAAAGCACAGUAAGCCCUGGCAGGGAACGAGACACAAAGACACUGCAUGCAUGUUUUACACACAAGCAUAGAUAUACAAUAUACACCUUCCCUCUCUCAUUGAGUUAAUGGUGCUUCAGUCUCUGUAUCUGUCUAUCUCUGUCUCUCCCUCCCUCCCUCCAGACCAGUUCCCCAGUCUGCAGAGUAAGAUGCGGGUGGUGUUGAGGGUGGAGGUGGAGGCUGUCAAGUUCCUGAAGGAGGAACCACACAGACUGGACACACUGCUGAAACGCUGUAACACUAUGACCGACACACUGACCACACUACGGAGUGUAUUGUAUACCACCUGUACGUACAGAAAAGUGACCGAGGGCCUGUGGAAGGGCCAGGACGACAUCUGCAGCCAGUCAGCC